UUGCAAGAUAAAAAACCAUUGCAUAAAUACGGGUUGCAAGGAACGCAUCAUCUGCUCCCGGGUACCGGCAAAGUCAGUUCAACAUUGCCGACUCGAACAGUUCUAAAAAAAGAUAAGAUUUAUACUUGGUGUUCAUGCGGGUAUAGUGGAACUCAGCCUUUAUGUGAUGGGAGUCACCUUCAUUAUUACAUUCCAACAAAGCUACGACCUGUACGAUUCAUUCCUGAUAAAGAUAUGGAGGUAUGGUUCUGUAAUUGUAAACAAACGAGAACGCGCCCAUUUUGUGAUGGUUCACAUCGCGAAGUUAGCGCAAAGCUCAAAAAGGCUUCUGAAGAAGGCGAAAAUAAAUAA